GAUUUCAGUAUCAUUCAUCUACAGGCAGUAGCGACGGAACACUGGCAGAGCAAGAAUCCGGAAAACAUGCUAGCUAGAUGUUCAAGCCAGAUUUUCUUUAGAGUGAUCACGGAUUCAUUCAAAGUAUUUCCACCAUCAAUUGCAAUUGUGGAUGGAAUUGACUUCAAAUUUGAGAAAGUAGAUUGUGGAUACUGAUAGAAACAAAUGAGAUCCGACACGGCUAGUAUCUAUCGCCAUCUUCUCAAGGCGGUCAAGAAACAUAUUGGGAAUGAAGAGAACAAGAGUCAUUUUUUAAAAUUUGUAACCUCGGAGUUCCGUAACAACAAAAAUUUGUCUGAUGGUGUGGCUGUCCAACAGAAAAUAAAACUUGCUCGUGAUUAUACUUUUCUUCUUAACAGUGUACACCAUCAGAAGGAUUUACUUUUUUCAUACAAUAUUGCCGUGGAUAGAUCAGAUGAAGUGAAAAGGACUCUUGGAAAAUCUGCUUCAAGUGUUGGUCUUCAGCUUCCUGAGGUUUAUCAGCCAUAAUAAUUUGUAGUUUGAUUUUUGCAUGCAUGGAACGUGACAGUGUACUGCUGCAGAGAAGGGGCAACUAGUGAAGGUUGCUUUAGUUUUCCUUCAUUAUUGGUAAUUACCAACCCAGUAGAUUUUACUUUGGCGACUGCUUUUUCUGAAUGAAAAUUUGUUUUCGUAUUAUUUAUCCAGAACUCAAAAACUAGUGAAGAAAAAGAGGAAAGAGACUCAGAGCUGAUGAAUAAA